UUCUCAACAAGGAAAAGUCUACAAUGCAAGGUGAUAUUCUUUCGCUCAAUGAAAAGAAGACUAUUCUGGAAAAUGAAAUCGGUUCGCUUAGCAAUGAGAAGACUAACUUGGGAAAAGAGAAUGAGUUGCUCAACAAGGAGAAGACGAAAUUGCAAAGUGAUUUUGCAUUUCUCAACAAGGAAAAGUCUAGAAUGCAAGGUGAUAUUCGUUCGCUUAAUGAAAAGAAGACUAUUCUGGAAAGCGAAAUUGAUUCGCGUAGCAUUAAGAAGACUAACCUGGGAAAUGAGAAUGAGUUGCUCAAUAAGGAGAAGACGAAAUUGCAAAGUGAUUCUGCAUUUCUCAACAAAGAAAAGUCUACAAUGCAAGGUGAUAUUCUUUCGCUUAAUGAAAAGAAGAUUAUUCUGGAAAGUGAAAUUGAUUCGCUUAGCAAUGAGAAGACUAACCUGGGAAAUGAGAAUGAGUUGCUCAAUAAGGAGAAGAUGAAAUUGCGACGUGAUUCUGCGUAUCUCAACAAAGAAAAGUCUGCAAUGCAAGGUGAUAUUCUUUUGCUUAAUGAAAAGAAGGCUAUUCUGGAAAGUGAAAUUGGUUCCCUUAGCAAUGAAAAGACUAACCUGGGAAAUAAGAAUGAGUUGCUAUACAUGGGGAACAUGAAAUUGCGAAGUGAUUUUGAACUGCUCAACAAAGAUAAGUCUAAAUUGCAAGGUGAUAUUUGUUCGCUGAAUAAGAAGAAGACUGUUAUGGAAAGUGAAAUUGAAUCGCUUAGCAAUGAGAAGACUAACUUGGGAAAUGAUAAUGAGUUGCUGUACAAGGAGAAGGCAAAAUUGGUAACUGAAACUGAGUUUCUCAACAAGGAAAAGAUGGAACUGCGAAGUGAUUUUGAGUUUCUCAACCAAGAAAAGACUCAACUAGGAAUGGAUGUUGUGCUGCUCAAGAAAAGAAAGUCUGAAGUGGAAACUGAUUUUAAAUGCCUUCAAGAUGAGAAGACUAAGCUACAUAGUGAUAUUGAAUCUUUGAACAAAGAGAAGGCUAAACUAGGAACGGAUUUUGAUUUCACCAACAAAGAGAAGGAUAAGUUGCAAAAUGAUAUUGAACUUCUCAUUGGGGAGAAAGAUAAAUUGCAGUCUGAUAUUGAAUUUCUCAAUGAAGAGAAGGCUGAAUUUGUUCGAUCAGUGACUUCUGAGGUUAAUGAAUCUUUUUAUGAACGUGAAAAAACAUUGGCUGAGAAUGAAAAAAUGUGCAUAGAGCUUAAAGAGAAGAAUCAAACAUUGGUUGCCAAGGAACAGUUUUACACUGAGGAGCUUCAGGAUGCUAGCCAGGAACUUAUCAAGGUACUGCAGGGAAUGAAGUCAGAAAAGGUAACCAGAAAGGUGAUUGGAGUAAAGAGAAUAAGAGGAGAUGAAGUGCUCUGGAACUUUAGGGAGAAGAAGAGAGCUACGCUGAAAGAAGUGAUUAGUUUUCAAUUGACCCGUACAGAUAAGACCAUCUCUAUUCAGGAAAAUGGAGAGGGAGAAUCCAUUUUAGUACCUCUGUUCUAUGUUUUUGGAUCCGUGGAUUUGCUCUUAUGCGCUACUCGCUUCGAGGAAAUGAUCACAAAGAAGCGGAAAAUUAUUGAAAGGCUUAAAGUACGAAUGGGGUUUAAAGCACAUUCUUGCAAUGAGCUAGUUGGUAGAAUAAUGUCAAGGUUACCAGGGAAAUCGAUAUCACAACUCAGGUGUGUAUGUAAAUCAUGGUCUCUAUUUGAUGAUUUGGUGGAGUUGGAGCUACUACACAUUAAAAUAAAGCGCUUGUACAUCGAGUUGCGGCAGAUUUAUUUACUUUUACCAACAGUUACACCUGAUGGGUUUUCGCUCAAGAUUGAUUCCGGUUAUGAUGAGUUUGAUAAGUUCUACUCAUCUCAGAAAAUGGAAAUUAAACUAGGAAUUGAUAUUAAAACACUUGAGGAAACAAAGAAGAAGUUGAAAAGUGAGACUGAAUCACUAGACAAACAAAUGGAAACUCUGCGAAGCGAAAUUGAUUUCCUACACAAACAUAAGUUUGAAGAAAUUAAAUUCCUUCACAAAGAAAAGUUUGAUUUGGAAAUUGAGGUGGAAUCACUCAGCAAAGAAAGGGAGCAAUCGAGGAGGACUAUUGAAUCAGAGAAACUUAUGCUUAACUCUAAGAAGUGGGAUAUCGAAAGAGAUGUUAAAUUACUCACAAAGACGAAGACUGAAUUUGAGAAUGAAGUUGAAUCACUUAGCAGUGAGAAGACUGUCCUUGAGAGUGAUGUUGAAUCACUUAAAAGUGAGAAGGCUAUACUCAAUGCAGAUAAGACUCGGAGAAGCUUAUCUUUGCAAGUAAGAAGAACGAAUUGCAAGCUGACAUUGAGUUACUUAAAAAUGAGAAGACUAUACUUAAUGCAGACAAGACUCAACAAAGAGAAAAGUAACCUAAGGAAUGAUGUCAACUUACUCGAUAGAGAGAAAUGCAGACUCCAAAGUGGCAUUAAAGUUCUUCUAAAAGAGACUACUAAAAUGCGAAAUGGGAUUGAGAUUCUCAAUGGAGAGGCGGUCAAAGUGCGAAAUGGGACUGAGAUUCUAAAUGAAGAGACGAAUAAACUGCGAAACGGGAUUGAGAUUUUGAACAAAGAGAAGACAACACUCGGGAAGGAUGUCGAAUUACUCGAUAAAGAAAAGAUAAGAAUAGAAGGUAAAUUUAAAUUGCUGAAUGGAGACAAGGUUAUAAUUCCAAGGGAUGUUGAGCUACUGAACAAGGAAAAGCUUAUCUUGGCAAGCGAGAAGUCUGGAUUGCAAGCUGACAUUGAAUUACUUAGGAAUGAGAAGACAACAAUUAAUGUAGAAAAGACUCAGCUUGGAUCUGAUAUUUGUUUGCUCACUAAGAGGAAGAUUGUCUUAGAAAGUGAUAUUGAAUUUGAUGAAAAGAAGAAGAAUGAAUUGGGAAGGAUACUUGAGUUACUCAACAAGGAGAAGGAAAAACUACAAAAUGAUUUUGAAUCACUCAAGAAAGCAAUGUCUACGGCUGGAAGUGACUUAGAACUACUCGGCAAAGAGAAAAGUAUACUAAGAAAUGAUGUCCACUUGCUCGAAAAAAAGAAAUGUGGACUCCAGAGUGCGAUAAAGGUUCUUAUAAAAGAAACUACUAAGCAGCAAGAUGGUAUUGAGGAGAUGAACUCAAGGAGGACUAUCCUUGAGAAGGAUAUUGAAUCACUCAAUAAUGAAAAGAACAAAAUAGGAUGUGAAUCUAAAUUGCUGAAUAGAGAGAAGGCUGUAAUUGCAAAUGAUGUUGAGUUACUUAAGCAAGAUAAGGAUAAAUUACAAAUGGAUGUUGAAACUCUCAAGGAAGAAAAGAAUACAUUGCAUAAGUUUCUAGAUGAAGAGAAGGCUGAAUUUGUUGAUUCUGCGAUACAUGAAGUUCUUGAAUCUAUUCCUGAACGAGAGAAGACAUUAGCUAAGAAUGAAAAAGUGGUUGCCAAGCAACGUAUUUACAAUCAGGAGCUUCUGGAAGUUCGACAAGAAAUAAUCAAGCAAAUGGAGUCAGAAAAGAAAACCAAAAAUAGGGUGAUUGGAGAAAAAAAGAGAAAGAGAGGAGAUCUAAAGCUGUGGAAUUUCAGAGAGAAUAAGAGAGCCACACUGAAAGAAGUGAUUGGUUUUCAGUUGAACCGUACAGAUAAGUAAAACAGAUGAACUUCUACGUAAGCCAUGUGCAAGUAUUCCUAUAAUCGGGCUAUUUUUUGAGGUUUUUUGGGUACAUCAGGGAUAGGAUGCUAACUUUAUAUAUAGUAGUAAAUAUGUGUAAAAGAAUUAGGUUAUGAGAUAAUGACACAUAAGGAAGGAUAUCAUAGAGAUGUCAAUGACCUGCUCAUGAUGUGAAGCUGAAUUUCAAAGUUGUAAAUGUUUUGGAUUUGAAAUGUAAAACUGCUGCUGAAUUUGCCUUUUUGAGAAAAUGCCUACAAUGGGGGUGUUCUUAUU